AUGCAGGUUAACGCCUCCCUGAGGAAGUGCACCGAGAUGGAGUACAUGUGCCACCUUUUCAACACACAGCUAAUUGAGCAAAGGGAGAGAAUAAACGAAAUAAAAAAAAAACUCAACUCGUAUAAUCAGACCAUACAAGAACAGGAAAAUCUUUUCAACCAUUUUGCGAAAUAUACGGAUGGGUUUUUGAAUAACAUCAUAACCUUCUUUGGGAAUUUUACCAACUCGAAAAGAUUCGGUGUGUUUGGUACCUGUGCGAGGUACUGCCUUGUGGACGAUCGGAACGAGCUAAAUUUCGGCAAAGAGAGAAAAUCGAAGGGUGUGAAAAAAGUCCCAAAUGUAGGGAACAUACAUCAUGCAUACGGCGGGAUAGACCAAAACAGAAGGAGCAGCUGCAGCUGCAAUUGCAGUUGCACCUGUUGCUGCAGAAAAAUUAAAUCCAAAAAGUCGGUGAGCAACCAAUGCCAAAAUAAUACCAUCGUGUACAACAAGACGAGCUUCUACGUAGAGGAAAAUACAAACCGGAAAAAAAACAAAAAAAAAGGAAAAAGUAAAAAAGGGUUGAAAAAGAAAUACUUGCAAUUGACGAAAAAUAUUUAUAAUCUUCACAAACCCUACGACACCGUCGAAGUGAGGGACCUCUACGACAUCUACAGGAAGGAGAGACCGUCCUACUGCGAUCACUAUUACGUCAACUGA